UAGUAGCGAGAGACGUCGGUAGUGCUGUUGCUGAUAGUAAGGCAGGCGGCGGCGGCGGCGGCGUGUGACGUCUGGUGUGUUGGAUAUUCAUUUCUUCCGUUAUUCAAAGCUGUUGCUUUUAGUGCUCAGCAGCGUUGUUUAGUGACCCCCACCGCUGACAGCCGACAGAAAAUAUUCCCCGCAAAUACACAAUGUUGACCAGGCGCAUAGACAGGAUCGUAUCGUAAAACCAGGCUUCAAAUAGUCCGAAGUUCCAUAUCGCAUACAGAUCACAUCUACCGCUUUUCUAAACUGCUGCGCAAUUCAUGGAUUACGGAUUAUCUAACCUCUUAUAUUGGAUUACUUUGUUGUCAGUAAUAAAGUCUGAAGCAGUCGAAGACUGCAUUCCAGUAAUUAAUAAGAAGGAUUUCUGGGUUCCAAUCAAUCAGCCAAUUGUGGUGAGUUGCCGACUGGGAACAUGCACCUACAAAUUUGAAGGUAUCACUUGGAAAAGACAUGGCCAAAAGAUAAACGAUUACACAGAAUCAAUCAGUGCAAUACGAUACCAAAAUAAGACUAAACUCCGUAUUUUAAGAAUGAACAAAUCAUAUGAAGGCGAGUAUGUUUGUUCGAGUGAGUAUUCCAGAAAAUCCAGAAGUAUAUUUAUCCAUGUCAGCGAAUCCUCCAUAACAACAGAGUAUCGAACUGCACCAACGACACCAUCAACUGGAACUGAAACGACAGAGACUACGUCAACCGACAAAACUUCCUCCUCAGAUGAAAAACUAACUACAUUCCCAACCACUUCCGGAAGCGCUCGUAUCACAUCACAAUGUAAAACAUUUUGGCCAUAUGUCACACUUUUGUAUACUAUUCUCACACUAUAUUUCAUAAAUUGCGAACAUUUCACGUAACAUAUAAAAAAAAAAAGCUAACCAACAUUGUGAGCUGCAUAGAUUUCACAUUGUAUUUUUAAAGUUACUAAUUUGUCAAACUUUACAUUCUCUGCAGUUAUUUCACAUGACGCUGCAAAGCAGAGGUAUAAACUGCAUUCUUUGUGCAGAAUGAAAUUUAAAUGUCCAGUUACAAUUUGUGCAUAUGUAUAUCAAAUAU